AUGGUAACGGGAAUUCACAUUCCAGAGGAGGAAAUACUUGUGGACAUCCUCACCAGACUUCCUGUAAAGUCUCUUUUGCGUUUCAAAUGUGUCUCGGAAUCUUGGAAGGCAUUAAUCUCCGAUCCAUAUUUUAAGAGGAAGCAUCUCAAUCAUGCCAAGAACAAACUCAAUUUUCAAAAAUUCCUUUUUGACGCCCUCUCUCCGGGCAAGGGUUAUGAUUUCUAUUGUGCUUCUUUAUCUCCGAAUGGACUUGUUAAUGAUUUUCGGAGACUUGUUCGGCCAAGUGUUUCUACGCCAUUUUAUGGUUUUAAAGUCUAUUGUUGUUGCGAUGCCUUGUUUCUCAUCGGGAUUUAUACAGAAAAUUCUUAUUCUUUGAAUGAGCCUUCGAUGCUCUUUCUAUGGAACCCCUCCACAUCAGAAUCAAUGGUACUUCCCCGUUUAGGGUCUCCGCUACAGGAGGGCAUGGCACCAGAUGAAAUUCUCGCACUGAAAAGUGGUUCCUGGAGAAAGAUUGAUCAUCCCUCAAUUAGGAGUGACGGUGAUGGCUUUACGAUGUUUGGUAGGGAAUGUUUGCCAUUUGUACAUGGAGCUUUUCAUUGGCUUGGUUUUGAUUGUUUUAUGAAGUUUAGUAUUUCAGAUGAGACAUACGGGAGGAUACCCUUACCAAAAAAUGUGCGUAUAUACCCGGAAAGUUCUGAACUGAGCUUCACGCCAAUUGAAUCAAUUGGCAUGUCUGUAUUGCGAGGAAUGCUUUGUCUUUUUAAUAACAACACAAUUAUUUUCAAUUUAUGGAUAAUGAAAGAAUAUGGUGUUCAGGAAUCUUGGACAAAGUUGCUCACUAUAUCAAGUAAUGGGGCUUCUUUUAUCCUACCAAAAUAUAGAUUUUCCAAUGGUGAAACGCUGCUUUGGUAUGAGGUUGAUGAGAUAAAACGUAAUAUUUACAGAAUAUCUGAUGGAUUAACCGAUCAAUUAUGGCCUUUCAAUUGUGAUGAUAUUGAUCCAGCUACCAUUAUUGACGAUGGAUUUGUUUAUACGGAAAGUUUGAUUUGA